UCUGAAAAUUUUAUUAAUCUCUUUCUUUCUCAACAAAAAUGGCGGAUAUGUGUUUACAAUUACAUGCAACCAUUUGUGUGCAAAAACACAUCAUGUAGAAAAGGUACGUAAAAACAUUCUCAACUAAUGAAGAAAUCUGUUUAAACCUUAAUAAGAGACGGUCACUCGCAUUUCUAGCUGUCCGCGAGACCCGUAAUUCUCUCUUUUCCCUUUUCGAUCAUGAAAACAAUUUUUUUUUCCUUUCUUUUUACUUUCUUUUUUUCCCCCAAUCUGUGCUGACGUAUCCGCAUUUUUGGCAUCUAAUCUAAGCGUUUUAUUUGUUUAAUAAAAAUUAUGAUUACAUUUAUUUUUUUGGAACCCAAAAUCUUUCAUUAUGACCCUCCAAACCUUGACCAGAACUCCUGCAUCAAUCCAAAAGCAUAACAUCAGUAAAUGCAUAUUAAAUGCAUUUUGUGUAUAUAUCUUCUUAAGCUUAAACUUUAUAUAUUAACCUUUUCUUGUAAUGCUGGAUUCUGGUCUAGGCUUUUCAUCGAGUUUUUGAUAAUUUCGUCCUUUUCCCCUUCGAAAACCUUUCUGGUUGGAACAUUUUUUCCAUUAAAAUAAAGAUUCAUAUCUGACUUUUUGUAGUUGUUUAUAGACCAUCUGGAAUUAUUUGAAGGCUUCCAUUUUGACUCGACCCUCUCUGAACAUUCUUCGAACAUUGGCCUUUUGUGUGGCAAGAAUUUUGGGAUUAUUAGAGGGAUUUUGUGAUUCCUAUUGGCAUCUGAGAAAAUUCUAGCCUCAUUAUAAGUUCUUGGGGAUUUUUUGCUCUGGUUGGAUUUGAAUGGUGGAACAGGACAUGUGAUCAAGAUUCUUGUUAGCCUUAUCAUUGAUUGAAUUUGGUCAUUAAACGUCCCAUUCCCAUUCAGUAAUUUGCAAAAUUGUGUCCUCGAACAAUUGGGUCAUUUCGAAACUUCAAGUUUGGAACGCUAAAUCGCUAAUUGUGUACAUCUCACAUUCAUCUGUCUUGUUUGCAAAGAAUGGGCUGCAUUUGCUCAAAAGAAUCUGAUGCAGAUGAUUAUGUUACUGAGAAUGAGACGGGAAAAGAAAAAGAGCUAAAUAAAUCUCCUGUAAAGAUGGUUGCUCCUCUGUGCAGAGAAGAGGUUAUAGGAGUAGUUAACAAUUCUAGGACUGAAGGUUCUCUUCAUUCGCGAUCUAAAACGACAUCAGAAUUGAAUGAGGGCACUUAUAAUCCUCAAAAUGUCGAGGAAAAUGGGAAAACACAGAUUAUUGGAAGGCCUAAGAAUGGUCAUCAGAGGUGUUCAACUCCAGACAUUGGAGUCAGUGGAACACAACAAACGAGGUUUAGGAUCUUUAGUAUGCCACAUUGUGCUAAAGCCGAGCAGGUCUCUGCAGGAUGGCCAUCUUGGCUAGUUUCUGUUGCUGGAGAGGCCAUCCGAGGUUGGGUUCCUCGAAGCGCUGAAUCCUAUGAAAAGCUAAAUAAAAUUGGACAAGGAACUUACAGUAGUGUUUACAAAGCUCGUGACUUAACAAAUGAUAAAAUUGUAGCAAUGAAAAAAGUAAGAUUUGUUAAGAUGGACCCAGAGAGUGUUCGUUUCAUGGCAAGGGAAAUUUGCAUUCUGCGGAAGUUGGACCAUCCAAACAUCAUGAAACUUGAAUCAAUAGUGACAUCAAGGAUUUCGGGAAGCUUGUACCUUGUAUUUGAAUACAUGGAGCAUGAUCUUGCUGGACUUCUAUCAUCACCUAAGGUCAAAUUCACAGAACCACAGAUAAAAUGUUAUAUGCAGCAAUUGCUUCGCGGGCUAGAACACUGUCACAAUCAUGGCGUUCUUCACCGAGAUAUCAAGGCUUCGAAUCUUCUAGUUGACAAUAAUGGAAUUCUGAAGAUUGGAGACUUUGGUCUGUCUAAUUUCUUUAAGCCUGGUCAAAUGCAGCCGUUAACAAGUCGCGUCGUAACUCUAUGGUACAGAGCUCCUGAACUUUUAUUAGGUGCAACAGAGUAUGGAGUGGCAAUUGAUAUGUGGAGUGCUGGCUGCAUCCUUGCUGAAUUGUUUGCUGGGAAGCCUAUCAUGCCUGGAAGAACAGAGGUAUUACCUCUGACUGUAGUAUUUAACUUGACUCUUAUAUAUACUCUCGUAUUUCUUUUUGGACCAACUAUUACGCUUAAGGGGUUUUACACUGGACAAUCAAAUAAAAGCACCAGUGUGAAGUACAAUUUACAGGAGGACAGUGGAUCUGGCUUCCCAAUUGAGCCACCAAGAGGAAAUCUGAGAAAUGGUUAUUCUCAUUCUAAUUCAAUGAUUCAUCCUAAUGCAGUAGGAUACUCGAGUAAUAAAAAGGUAAAGGAUGAUGCUAGUCAUAUGUUCCCAGAGCGGACUAGCUCAUCUCAACAUGGUGGAUGGUUGAUAAGACAGGGUUCGCAAAUGCGUCCAUCGAUAGUAGACUCGAUCCAUCAUUCAAGGGGUGCUGAUGGAACAUCUAAUAAUGACUCAUUAUUCAUUUCUUACCAUAUGCAACCUAAUACUAAAACAUAUUAUCAUCCACAUUUCUCUCUUGGCCGAGGAUCCAUAGAUUCUAUAGUAAUGAGUUAUGUACCAAAGAGGAGCAGGAUCCUUUGCUCUGGACCAUUGAUGCCUCCAGGCGGAAACAUGGAAGACAUGCUAAAGGAACAUGAGAGACAAAUUCAGGAGGCAGUUCGAAAAGCACGUCUAGACAAGGCCAUGACCAAAAAGAACUGCUAUGAGUAGUUCAAUAUGUGGAAGGAAGAAAAGGAGUAUCGCUAGACAUGACGUAUCACACCCCCCUCAUUUGGAAAUGAAUAUAGUCGGAUACGUCUCUUCUUGCUGGCAUUGCAACAUGCACUUGCCAAGAGGUGGUGGAAGGAGCUGAAAUGUGGUUUAGUUUGAAAUCAAUGUCUCUUAGAUUCAAUUUGUAGAUGUACUUCUCAAGUUGAUAAGUGGAGUACGGGGUGACCGUUUGUAAGUGGAAUUGCACCUUUUGGGAAGGGAAUUUCCAUAUGUAUAUAGUUUGAAGAAGUUGCUCAGUCUUGGUUAUAUUGUGCGUGUGCAAUGCAAGUUCAUUUCUUUCAUGACUGCUGACAUUAACAAUUUAGAAACUGCAGUUGCAGUAUACAAUCUGGACGGAACCAAGUACCAUUA